GGUACUACACUUGUGUGGAGGUCAUCUUCACUCUCAGGCGACAGGUUGGCUUCUACAUGAUGGGUGUUUACGCCCCAACCCUGCUCAUCGUAGUCCUCUCCUGGCUGUCCUUCUGGAUCAACCCUGAUGCCAGUGCUGCCAGGGUACCUUUGGGCAUCCUCUCGGUGCUCUCCCUGUCCUCCGAGUGCACCUCGCUGGCUUCAGAGCUGCCCAAAGUGUCCUACGUCAAGGCCAUCGACAUCUGGCUCAUCGCCUGCCUGCUGUUUGGUUUUGCCUCGCUGGUGGAGUACGCCGUGGUUCAAGUGAUGCUCAACAGCCCUAAGCGUAUCGAAGCGGAGAAGAUUAAGAUGGCAGCCAAGGAUAAAGCUGCGGGAAAGAUUCCUGCUACCAAGAACAACACGGUCAACGGGACGGGAGGGACGCCACUUCAUGUCAGCACCUUACAUGUGGCCGAGACUCGCUGCAAGAAGGUGUGCACCUCCAAAUCGGACCUGCGGACCAACGACUUCAGCAUCGUGGGCUCGCUCCCGCGGGACUUUGAACUGUCGAACUUUGACUGCUAUGGGAAGCCGAUCGAUUUGGGCGCCGGUGCUGGCAAAUCCCAGUCCAAGAAAAACAAGAAACCCCCUCCUCCGAAACCUGUGAUCCCCUCGGCGGCUAAACGAGUCGACCUAUACGCCCGAGCCCUCUUCCCCUUCACCUUCCUCUUCUUUAAUGUCAUUUACUGGUCCGUAUACUUGUGAUUACCUUGAAAUGAUCUUGUAUUUUUAACCCUUAAAACAUCACACACGUGGGUGCUUUGAUGAGCUGAAUAUUUUACAAAAGUAAAAAAAAUAAAAAUGAAUUAUUAUUCAUAAAAAAUAUACUAUGAAUUAUUAUUAUUACACUUUAUAUGACAAGAUCCACUCAUCAUUGUAUCAAAAUGAUCACAACUUUCUUUUCCUUAAGUGGAAAUAUAGCAUCUUGUAUUGAAAAACUUGAUUUAUUGAUAAUGGUACUCGAGAGGCUCCGACAGGAUUGCAGAUAUAGCUGUUGUGAUGAAUGGUGUGUAGACAAAUCCACUAAGAUUGAUUGAGUAACGAGCGAGCAGAAGACGCACAGAUCUAUAAAAGUAAAAUAUCUAAUCUAUAAAAUAGCUUUUUUCAUUUCCUGCCCUUGCAGAGCGGGUGUUUGUCCUAAAGUUCUGAGUUAAAGCACAGUUUAUUUAUGCUCUAAUGCAAAGUGUAUUUUUUGCAUGUUUUUAAAAAAAAAAAAGCAUGUAUAUGAAGAUAAAGCCUUUAAAAAAAGUAAAUAUAUGAAGUCAUUAGAUUGAUUAUUCUUAUGAGUUGCUCUUGAGAAGAUGAAGAGGAUUAUGUGAAACACUGUUUCCCAGUCCAGAUGGUCAUGUGACACUGCCGCACUCCUUAACUCAUGAUGUUUGCAACACUCUGCUCCUGUCCAGAUGGUCAUGUGACACUGCCACUCCCAUCACACUGUAACUUUUGACAUCCUCCACCUUGUGUAAAUGGGUCGCCCGUGAGGGUCGGCCAUGUUUGUGAAAUUUACAAGCAAAGAAUUAAAUGACUUUUCACCGGUU